AUGUUAAGGAACGUGGAUUUUUCCCGCUGGCAUGUGGAUAUCGACAGAUACCUGAAUCCGUUGGUUCCACGUCCGCCAUGGCGCUGGCUACCUCGUCCCAUCUCUCACUUCCUGGGAUAUAGAGGGGACAAACCUCCAAAGAAUUUGGGUAACCUCGUGCUCGCCUUCUGGUCCUUGAUCGGCGUCUUCUGUGGUGUAUUAGUUGUCGCCGAAGUAUCCUUGCAUGUCCCCUCUUUCCAGCACCACCAUGCGCCAAUUAUUGUGGCUAGUUUUGGUGCCGCAGCUGUGCUGGAGUUCAGCGCUAUUGAGUCACCCUUUGCACAACCGCGCAAUGCCGUCCUGAGCCAGGUCAUGGCGAGCGCUAUUGGUAUCGGGAUCGGAAGGCUUUUCGCCUUAAAUCCCCAUGCUAAUUCACUACCUCAGGUUGGGGGAGCUCUGGCCUGUGCAAUCACCACCGCCGCAAUGGUUCUGACGAAGACUGUCCACCCGCCUGCUGGCGCAACAGCUCUCCUCGCUGUCACCGAAGGGUACGAAAUUGGCUGGUUUCUGGUCCUGAUUAUGUUUCUUGGGUGUAUCAUGAUGCAAGCGGUGGCGCUGGUGAUCAAUAACAUUCAACGACGGUUUCCGGUGUAUUGGUGGACCCCCGAUCCUCUGCCACGUCCCAAAGUUGUGGUUGAGGACAUUGAAAGUGCCCGAGAAGGCAAGCAAGAGAGCUUGACCCCUACUGCAUCAGAUGAUGACACUGAAGCUACCGUUCCAGCACGGAUUGUUAUUGAGGAAGGGAGGGUUUCCAUCCCGGAUAAUGUUUGGAUAACGGCAGAGGAAAAGGAGUUUUUGGAAAAAAUCAGCCAGCGCAUACGUUAA